AUGAGCCGCCCGUUCUCUGCUCUCAUUCCGAUCUCUAUUCUCAUUCACCUGACCUUGUCAUUUCUUCAACCUCAACCAACUUGCAAUGGAUGUCCGACAUGUCAGAAUGCAAACGGAUGUCCUGCAGGAGGCGGUGCGACAAGUGAAACUACAACUGAGGCUCCUGAAGAGUCGACAACUCUAGGAUAUUAUGAGCAGUAUUGGCAAGGAAAUGGCUGGAAAACUGACGAUGCUGGAAAUGUUUAUGUUGGGGAUGAUAAUGCUAAACUAUUGUUAAUUCAACAAGGAACGUACUGUCCAGUUUCUAUUUGUAAAGGAUGGUUCGGAAUUUGGUAA